GACUUCACCCCCUAAUUUACAAGAGCCACAUGGUUUGUUCCACCCAGCUGCUACCAGUUUAUGGUUCAUUCCAGGCACACCCCAUCCAAAUGAGGAUGGUUUGCCCCAUCUUUAGAGAACUUUAUACCCAUACAGGACUACAUCAGGGGAAACAGGACGGCAACACAUAAGGUCAACCUGUUAUCCGGGACUCCCAUUCCUCAACUCUCAGUGAGGACCACAGGCUGAGCGCCCCUGAUCCUUGCCGGGACCUCUCGCGAAGUCGGCGAUGGAUUGAACGCCCUUCUUCCGCCUCCAGGUCGUGCGGCGCAGGGAAGGCGGCCGGGCCAAUGGAGCGGUGCGCCUGCGUGGAGCGGGAGCUGGACAAAGUGCUGCAGAAGUUCCUUUGCUACGGCCAGCAUUGCGAGCGAGGCCUGGAGGAGCUGCUGGUUUACGUCAGCCAGCUGAGGGAGGAGCUGAGCACUGCAGCCUUACAACAAACACCACUGUCUGCCACGCUGUCCCUGGUCAUGUCCCAGUGCUGCAAGAAGAUCAAGGAUACUGUGCAGAAUCUAGCUUCAGAUCACAAAGACAUUCACAGCAGUAUUUCUAGGGUGGGCAAGGCAAUUGACAGGAAUUUUGAUGCAGAUUUAUGUGGCAUUGUUCCUGCAAUGGUCUGGGAAUCCCAAGAGAAACAGAUCCUGGUGCUGGCCAUUAUAGAACACCUUUACCAACAAGGGAUGCUUGGAGUGGCUGAGGAGCUGUGUCAGGAGUCCACCAUGAAUGUAGAUGUAGAUUUCAAAAAGCCAUUUCUUGAACUUAACAGCAUACUAGAAGCGCUACACAAACAGGACUUGGAGCCAGCCUUGAGUUGGGCAAUAUUUCACAGACAGCAGCUGACAGAACUGAACAGCUCUCUAGAGUUCCGGUUACAUCGACUCCACUUCAUCAGGCUUCUUGCUGGUGGUCCUGGCAAGGAGCUAGAGGCCCUGAGCUAUGCACGCCAUUUUCAGCCUUUUGCUCACCUGCACCAGCAAGAGAUUCAGGUGAUGAUGGGCAGUCUGGUAUACUUACGCUUGGGCCUAAAGAACUCUCCAUACAGGCACUUGUUAGACGACAGCCACUGGACUGAGAUUUGUGAGACUUUCACUCGUGAUGCUUGUGCCUUGUUGGGCCUCUCCGUGGAGUCUCCCCUGAGUGUCAGUUUUGCCGCAGGAUGUGUAGCGCUACCAGUUCUGAUGAACAUCAAAGCUGUGAUUGAGCAGAGACAGUGCACAGGCGUUUGGAGCCACAAGGAUGAGCUGCCUAUUGAGAUUGAACUGGGGAUGAAGUGCUGGUACCAUUCGGUCUUUGCGUGCCCUAUCUUACGCCAGCAGACAACAGACUCCAACCCACCCAUUAAGCUCAUCUGUGGACAUGUCAUCUCUCGUGAUGCUCUGAACAAACUCAUCAAUGGAGGAAAGUUGAAAUGUCCAUAUUGCCCUAUGGAGCAAAACCCAGCCGAUGGGAAACGCCUCAUCUUUUGAUAAUCACAUUCUUUGAAGGUGGUGCUGGGAAAAUGGACAGAAGGAAUAAGCUUUUGGGACAGGGUUUGAUGGGAGGUCUUAUUUGCCUGCAGGAGUUGACAUUAGCCUGCUGCACUAACUCAUAUAGUCCUGAAAGCUGCUGCUUGCUCAGUGAGGCAGAACAGCAGCUUCCUGGGUCAGAGGAGAGUGGUUUCCUAUGGGUGCUGUCAGCUACAGCAUGUGAUUGUGUACACAUGGCACUACUGUCUCAGCUUCCAGGCUUCUUCAUGGGGGGGCUUAGCUGAGCAGCUUUCUAGUAAGAUAUUCUGCCCUGUCCCCAUGGCAGAUCUAUUCUUGCUGGGGAUACAGUUACACAAUUAAUAAAGAGCUGCUUCUGCCACUUCAUAAUACCUUGAAAAUAAAAUUUCUGUCAUCUUGUUUUGAUCAGUUGGAAAGAAAAAAGUUAUGUAUCUAAAAAGGGAAAUUGUUUUAAAGAAACUUAAAAGUUAAAACAGACAUCUUUAGAACUUAGUGCUGACCUUCUGAGGAAAGUUUUAAAAUAAAUGGAAGAGAAAAGGACAGUAACUGAGACACUAACAAUGAUUUGUGAAUUUUGGGGGAGGAGAUUGGUUUAAAAUGCAGCCUUUUCACAUAGAUGUGAAGGAUGCAUGUGUCAUUACUGAAUGCCUCUUGCUAUAAAAUCCCUGGACACAGAUAACAAUCUCAUCAGAAAAACUUUCAAACCUGCUGAUAGUACAUAUUUAGAAACCAACUUGUAUCUUUAGUAAGGUAGAAAUCCUUAUGUUGUGGUGUGCUAUCUGUUAUAGAUUAGUAUAAAUUGGAAGAACUAGGAUUUCUGCUGCAGGAUGAGAAAUCUGGGGCAUUAGAAUACUUAGCUUGAUGGAUAUAGGAAAGAUAAUAUGCAGUUCUUUCCUCAUCAUGACUUUGUCAACAAUUCAAUUCCAAGUAAUUCUGUAGCUUAACAGAUAAAAAUGCUCAGCAGUAUAUAAACAAAGGUGGCGAGGCCUCUUAAGCUUAACUAGAGGCAGAAUACCAAUACCACAUUAUUAUGGGGAGAAAGCUGGAACCACUGCCAGAAAGACACUUAAGAUGUUUUCAUCCUUUAGCUUGCCUGAGAAAAUGCUACAAGUGGUAAUUUUAUGAUGUGGAACUCCAUAACUGGGCUUAUCUGGAGAAAAUUGCUAAGGUUAUAGGACAGCAUAUACAAAAUACUUGAGAAAGGAUCCUACAGACAAGAUCCAAGUAUUUUAGCUUAAAGGCAGCCGUGACUAUUUGAGAGCCAGUUUCUGCUAAAUGAGCUUUCGAAACAGGGCUGUAAUAUGUUCUAAAUAAUUUUCCUGAAAUAGCUGUGGCAACAAUCAACACAGGCCUUGAGAAGGAUAAAUUUACAAAGGUCUAUUAAUUUGUGGUCUAUUAAUUUAAAAAGGGGUUUUGUCCCAUUGCAUGUAAGAAUGCAGGAAGGGGAUCUCCUACCUUCUGCUUGGAGUAUCCCAAUUGCCACAACAAGAGAAGGAUGGCAAAGAAAUACAACUAAAUAAACUUCUUUCCAACCUGA